GAUCAAUAACAAUCAUAAGACUAAUAACAAUAAUAAGAUCAAUAACAAUCAUAAGACUAAUAACAAUAAUAAGAUCAAUAACAAUCAUAAGAUCAAUAACAAUCAUAAGACCAAUAACAAUCAUAAGACCAAUAGCAAUAAUAAGAUCAAUAACAAUCAUAAGAUUAAUAACAAUAAUAAGAUCAAUAAAAAUCAUAAGACCAAUAACAAUCAUAAGAUUAAUAACAAUCAUAAGAUCAAUAACAAUCAUAAGACCAAUAACAAUCAUAAGAUUAAUAACAAUCAUAAGAUCAAUAACAAUCAUAAGAUCAAUAACAAUCAUAAGAUUAAUAACAAUCAUAAGAUCAAUAACAAUCAUAAGACCAAUAACAAUAAUAAGAUCAAUAACAAUCAUAAGACUAAUAACAAUAAUAAGAUCAAUAACAAUCAUAAGAUCAAUAACAAUCAUAAGAUUUAUAACAACCAUAACCAUAAUCAUAAUAAAAAGAAGAAAAUUAAAAAUGCUUAUGUUAAAAAUAAUUAAAAUAUCUGUCUGAUCCAUUAAAUAUAGAAGGAAAAGCAUCUGUGGAUUUAAAAGAUACUUAAUUUUUAUUAUAAUUUUCUUAUGAAACUUAAGAUUAAGUAGCAUCAGUAGCUCUUAAAAAUAAUAACGAUGUUGUUAAUAAAGUAUUAGAAGAAUUAAAAAAAGAUGAUACAUUAACUGUUUCUACUAGUGGUUUUUCUAUUCAAAAUGCUUAUAAUGAAGUAGAAAAUUAAGUUACUAAACAAGAGAGAGAUAACAUGUAGGAUAUAAAGUUAAAAAUUAGAUUUAAGUAAAAUCUUCUGAAUUAGAAAAGGCUGAAGAGGUGAUUUAGACUGCUAUUGAAAAUGGAUUUAAUACUGUUGAUUUUGUUAAAUACUUUCCUGAUGAUGAAUAAAUAUAAAAAGUUAAAAAUGAAUUAAUUGGUGAAGCAGUUAAAAAUGCUUAAAAAAAGGCAGAUAUAAUUUUAAAAGAUCUCUAAUAUAGUGUUGACAGUUUAAAAACUUCUUCUAUUGAUUAUUAAUAAAUAAAAGGAUAAAAAAUGACUAUGCAUGUUACAGUAGAAUUUAAUAUUAAAUAAAAUAUUACUGAAAAAAAGAUAAUUGAAAAAAAUUAAAUAUUUUUUAUAAAUGAAAAAAAUCUUAGUUUAUUUUUAUAAUAAAAUAUAUUUUUUUUAUUAAAUUUGUGAUUUUUUUCUAUUUUUUUAUUUAAAUUGAUUAAUAUGUUAUUUUUAUUAAUUUUUUUUUAUUUGGAUAU